UUAGUGAUCGCAAUGCAACGUCUCCUGGUUCUCUGUCUGUUGCUUGGCACCACUCACCACUUAAUUAAUAUCCACGCCCAAAAAAUCAACGAAACCGUCGACUUUGCUAAGUUGGCCAAAAUACUAAAAAAGCCUGCUUUCCAGACGCGUGUCAUUGGUGGUCAUGUGACGACUAUUGAAAAGUUGGGUGGAUACCUAGUAGCAAUGAAAUAUUUAAAUUCUUUUAUAUGCGGCGGAGCUUUAAUUCGGGAUGUAAUUGUCCUAACGGCAGCCCAUUGCUUCGAGAACCGGAAUACUAAGGAAAAUUGGAGCAUACAUGGUGGCAUCUCGAGACUCAGCGAGUAUAGAGUUCUUCGUUUUAUUAAGAAAAUCAUUAAGUCUGCAGAUUUUCAAAUGCAUACCAUGAACAUGGACGUGGCUGUUGUUCUGCUGAAUAGACCCAUGUUUGGAAAAAAUAUUGGUACUUUAUCCUUGUGCAGUACGCCAUUGACUCCUGGAAGGACCCUGGUCGUUGCCGGCUGGGGCAUGACGCAUGCGGAUGAUAAAGAUCCGGAAAAUUUGUUGCGAACGGUUUCGGUGCCCGUGAUUGAAAAGAAUUACUGCCGAGAGGUCUAUAAACAUGCAGCCGAAAUAACAGACAGCAUGUUCUGCGCAUCAGUCUUGGGAAAAAAGGAUGCCUGCACUUAUGAUUCAGGAGGUCCACUAGUUUACAAGAAAGAAGUCUGCGGCAUUGUGUCUUUUGGUAUUGGUUGUGCCAGUAAGAAGUAUCCUGGUGUCUAUACGGAUGUAAAUUAUGUAAAGCCGUUUAUUGAAAAAGGCAUUAGUGCAUUGCUGUCACGUCGUACUAGACCCAGACGAGGUUGA